AUGCGGUCGUAUGCAUCUUUCGUGUCGUGCGCAUCGAGGAGUGCUGAAAAUAAACGUAAAGCGUCUUCUUGGGUAGCGUGGGAUGCGUUAAGGUAUGCAUUGAGGUUCCGAGUGAAAUCGGGAAAAGAAGUUCGUCCGUCGAAUCUGGGUGGAAUCAGGUGUGGUUUGAAGGUUGUUCUGGGAUUGUCUGUAGUUCUGGAAACCUGUCCCUCGUCUGUUCGGGCUCUCUUGGAAUUGGGUGCCGAUUCCAUGUCAGUUUCUGAAGCAGGUGAAUUGGCUAUCGUCCUCUCGCGGAUUGGUUGCGGUGCUGGCCGGUAUGUCUGCGCGGUUAAGCUUCUAGUGGCUUGUUGCUGA